AUGAUAUUGGGUGUGUUGGUUGAUCAAUCAACUAAAAGGCAUCAACCUUUAUAUGAUGAUUACCUAAAUGUUUUGUUUUUUCGUUUAAGUUUCCUUGCAAAUAAAAAACUUUGGUUGUCUAAAUACAAAGGAGUUAUAAGACAAAUAUUAGAAUUGGUGCAUUGUAACAAUGAUUUAAAGUUAAUAACAAUUCGUGAAUCACUAAAAAAAUAUGAUAAAUUGGGUGUUAAAGUUAGAAUUUUUUUUAUUAAUACUUAA